AUGAUAUUUUGGCUGCUGUCGAUUUCGUUACUCAGUAUUCUUUCGCGAGCCAGCGACGGAAGCAUUCUUUAUUUUGAAAUUCAUCAUCCCGAAGAUAUUGCGUACAGUUACAGAGGAAGAUUUGCAAGGGAUUUCGGCGGAAUAUUCGAACGAUUUAUGUCUCAUGUUCCGCUUAUACCCGCCAGCCCAAUCGAAGCAUGUCCAGACGCGCCGCCCACCAAUGUGGCGCAGCUGAAAGGAAACAUGAUGCUGAUCAAGCGCGGGGGAUGUUCGUUUUUGGAGAAGGCGAUUGUGGCUCAGAACACAGGAGUCAUCGGCGCCAUUAUCUUCAACGAUGACCCGAUCGACGUCGACAGCAAUAUUGACAUGGUCGAUGAUGGGAGCGAGAAGAGCCAUCUUGUGGACAUCCCCAUUGUUUGGCUGCAAGGGAAGAAUGGCCACAUGAUCUUGAAUUCUAUCUACAAGCACGGCAUGGCAGCAAGUCUCUCCUUGCCGCAUAAUCAUACCUACACGAUUCCUGCAAACAAAACACCCUGGGACCUGUGGUGA